UUUUGAUCAAGAACCGGAACAAACAAACCCCCAAGCAAAUAUUAAGUGGCGUUGUGUCUGAACACCUGUUAUAUGCAGAGGGUAAAUGCAGACAUUUCGCAAGGGUGUUCAUUUAAUUUAAAACACGAUUUAAGAAAGGGAACGAGAGUAAAGAGUAGCACAUGAGAUGGCAAUUUUAUGUAGGACCUAUUUAUUUGCAAAAUUGUCUAAAGAAACAGGAAUUCCCCUAAACCAAGCACGAUUUUAACCGGAGUACGGUGUUGGGCAGAUUGUGUACAGUGUACGAUAUUUUAGUAUUCUCUGGUUUUUACCGCGAUUUAAUGUUUUGUUAGAAUAACUAUGAAAGGGCCCUCUGCCGUCUCUAGUCGGAGGAAGAGCGGGGUGACGAGGCUGUUGUGGACACUGUUUGGUGCCUGCCUUGUUGCUACAGUCAUCGGGUACAAGCCAGUGGUCAUAGUCCAUGGUUUGUUCGACAGCUCCGGGGUAUUUGUGGAGUUGCUUCGCUUCAUCAAUCAGUCUCACCCAGGAACCAAUGUGUCAGUCAUCGACCUGUUUGACCGCAGCUCCAGCUUACAGCCACUAUGGAAACAAGUGGAGGGCUUCAAGGAAGCCAUCUAUCCCAUCAUGCAAAAUGCUGCAGAUGGGGUCCACUUCAUCUGCUACUCUCAAGGUGGACUGAUUUGCAGAGGGAUCCUGUCCACUCUCCCUAAUCAUAAUGUCCACUCCUUCAUCUCUUUGUCCUCGCCUCAGGCUGGACAGUAUGGAGACACAGACUACCUAAAGUACCUCUUCCCCCAGUUCAUGAAGUCCAACCUGUUUCAUUUCUGCUACACUGGAGUGGGCCAGAGGAUAUCCAUCUGCAACUACUGGAAAGACCCCCAUCACACGGACAUGUAUGUGAACGGCAGUGAUUAUCUGGCUUUAUUGAACAGUGAGAGGUCAAAUCCUAAUUCAACAGUGUGGAAAAAGAACUUCCUACGUAUCAAGAAGCUGGUCUUAAUUGGGGGGCCAGACGAUGGAGUCAUCACACCCUGGCAGUCCAGUCAGUUUGGAUUUUACAAUGACAACGAGACUGUCGUUGAGAUAAAGGACCAGGAUCUAUAUUUGAGAGAUGUGUUUGGCCUGAAGACCCUAAACGCUCGUGGGGACCUGUUCCUGUGCUCAAUGGCUGGAGUAGAGCACGUCAAGUGGCACUCCAAUGACACUGUGUUCAACACCUGCAUUGAGAAGUGGCUCGUUUAGCGCCGACUACUCCACCAAACAGCAUUACAAGAACCGUCGUAUUUCACACAAUCUUUACAGUGAAACACACACGCACACAGUUUUACUGCUGCAGUGUGAUUCACACAGUGGAAAUAUGAGUUUAACUCUGUCUGCACUACAUUGUGAACUACUCCUUAUGUUAAGUUUGUGAGAAUGAUUCAAAACAUACCUUCAUCAUUACACUAAAAACCCACGUGUACCUACUGUUACAUGUGUAUCCAUGUCUGUGCUUUACCUACACAUACCUAAGAAAGUACAACACAACAGUG